AUGGAAGGGGAGGCUGGGGGCCUACCUCUGCGCGAAGCGACACCCCCAGCACGUGGCCGGCGUCCGCAUGCUCCGUGGACGGCGGGCGGUGGUGGGCCGAGCCGGCUGGAGAAGUGCAGCCCUCGGGGAGGGAACCUGGGGAGACAGACCGGCUCACUUCUUAUGCAGCGCCAUCAUCUUGCACUCGCUCUCAGCGCCGACCAGCGGCUACGAAGAGGUCAGAAGCCUUCCUGGGAGGGACAGGUGCAAUUCUGGACGUCUGGGGCCUCCGCAGGCUGGACCGGCUCCCCAGGUCAUCCACGGACACCAGAAAAACAUACCUGUCCGGGGAAGCUAAAGGCUUGUGCAGAGCUGGUGGGUCGGGGCAGCCCCUCCUCGCGGGUUGUGGUCCCCGAGAGCAGAGACCUGCAGGAGUGUGCACGAGUGGGCCACAGCCUCUCCAGCUACUGCUCUGGCUGCCACAGCCCGUUAGCCUCCUGGCCUGAAGGCUCAGCCCAUCCCGUGCAUGCCACCGGGACCCUCAGAUCAUCCUUGGAAUUUCCCAAGGAUGCUGUGCUGCUCGGGCCCCAGAGCCCCGAUGCUGAGCAGCCCCAGGCCAGAGGCACAACAGGGUACCCGUAUGCAGCCUCCGGGGACGUGAUCAUUCUCAGCAGCAGCCUCCUUUUUCUGGGCUCCUACCCUGUCAGGGAGGCGCUGCAGAAGGAUCUGGACAGCAAGCUCUUUGGACAGCAUCUUGCAAAGAAAGUCAUCCUAAACGCUGUCUUCGGCUUCCUAAGCAACCCGAAGCCCAAGAAACCGCUCACGCUCUCUCUGCACGGGUGGACGGGCACCGGCAAAAAUUUCGUCAGCAAGAUCAUCGCGGAGAAUAUUUACGAGGGCGGUCUCAACAGUGACUAUGUGCACCUGUUUGUGGCCACAUUGCACUUUCCACACGCCUCCAACAUCACCCUGUAUAAGGAUCAGUUACAGCUGUGGAUCCGCGGCAACGUGAGCACGUGCGCAAGGUCCAUCUUCAUAUUCGAUGAGAUGGACAAGAUGCACGCCGGCCUCAUAGACGCCAUCAAGCCUUUCCUGGACUACUAUGAGCACGUGGACGGGGUCUCCUACCAGAAGGCCAUCUUCAUAUUUCUCAGCAACGCUGGGGCAGAAAGGAUCACAGACGUGGCUUUAGAUUUCUGGAGGAGCGGGAAGCAGAGGGAGGAGAUCAAGCUCAAAGACAUGGAGCCGGCCUUGUCCGUGUCGGCCUUCAACAACAGGAACAGUGGCUUCUGGCACAGCAGCUUAAUUGACCGAAACCUCAUCGAUUACUUUGUCCCCUUCCUCCCCCUGGAAUACAAACACCUAAAAAUGUGCAUCCGAGUUGAAAUGCAGGCGCGAGGCUUUGAAAUCGACGAGGACAUUGUAACCAAAGUGGCCGAGGAGAUGACAUUUUUCCCCAAAGAGGAGAGAGUUUUCUCCGACAAAGGCUGCAAAACCGUGUUCACCAAGCUGGAUUACUACUACGACUAGUGCUGCGGUCGGAGGGGAAGGCGGCCCCCGCGCUCGGCUCCGGCCCCGUCCAGGGCCAGGGCCCCGGGACCGGAGCAGCCGUUUCCUGCGGGGCGGAACGGGGAACCUUCCUGGGGUUUCCAUCCACUGGAGCCUCGGGCAUCACACCUGACGGAUCAUGGACUUCGGAGCAGCGCCCGGCUCCCCGCCGCUCGUCCGAGGGCUCGUGAUUUUUUAAAAAUCAUGUUUUAAUUUCAGGUGUUUCUGUUUCAAGGAAGGAUGUCUAAGUUUUACCGAAAAUGUGAUCACUUUAUUUAAAAUGGUUUUUAACCCCAUGAGAAACCUCUCAGA